UAUCACUGAACCUCAGGGGUGUCUAAACGAUCAAGAUAAGAGAAUAUUUGUCCGUCAAAAUUUUGUCAUCUCUCUCUUCUCUACCAUUCAGGCUCAGCCGGAACUCUUCGACCCGAUUCGGCACCCCGACCCGGAACUGUGCCAUCUUUGUAAAUGUUCUAUCUUUUACUGGGAGAAUCAGGGAAAAUAAACGAACUUUUUUCUUUCCGAUAACCUCUUUGUUUGCUAUGUUUUUAUCUAUUUGAUAGUUAAUGCUUUAGUAGUGGAAAGAGGCAAAAUGUCAAAAUCUUGCAAGGGCCUGGCUAUGGAACUAGUCAAGUGUCUCAGUGAAUCGGAUUGUGUUAAGGUUGAGAAGAGAUCUUAUAGGGAAUGUGCUGGAGAGAAGAGCCCGUGCAUAUCGAGCGAGUGUGUAGGACUAAGAGAAACUUAUUUCAAUUGCAAGAGAGGCCAGGUUGACAUGAGAGCUAGGAUCCGUGGAAACAAAGGCUACUAAGAGACUAAGCUACCCAGCAUAAAUAGGUAAAAGAUUGUUUGGACUGUGCUCUUAUACUGCUAAUUACUCAGUGGUAAUGACUAAAAGGAGAUGAUGAGGAAAGGAAAGGUGAAUGGAAAGCUCCAAACGGCAGUCCACAACUCCAAAGACUUAAAAACAAAUUUCAUGCUAUCCUGAUAUGAUAGGUUGAGACAUUCGUUUUCUUUCUUUUUCUUAUACAAUUCUUGUUUGGCUUUAAUGGGGUGUCAGCAACCAGAAAAGUCUUUGAUGUAAGAUUCAAGACUACGUUCAUGGAUUUUAUGAAAACAGGAUAAAGUUUAUAAGGGGUUUAAGGUUUAAUCCCUUUCUUUUAAUGCAUUUUAUGAGGCAGAUCAUUAGGAUGAUUAAAGUAUUGAUACCGUUGGA